AGCGAACGACACUGCGUCUCGCUGAAGAUUUUAACAGUGCUAAUUAGUGGACAGUGUGUAAUUCCUUGCAGGAGAUCCGUGCCUGAUCUCUUCCUGCCUCUCUCACAGGGAGGAGAAAAGUACAAGUUCCCAAACUCCAACCCCUUUGUGGAAGAAGACGUGGACAAGAGCGAGGUGGCUUCGGUGGCUUACAGGUACCGGCAGUGGAGGCUGGGGGAGGAUAUCGAUCUGAUUGUUCGUUGUGAACACGAUGGCGUGAUGACGGGAGCCAACGGAGAAGUGUCCUUCAUCAACAUCAAGACUCUCAACGAGUGGGACUCAAGGCACUGCAACGGCGUGGACUGGCGUCAGAAGCUGGACUCGCAGAGGGGCGCUGUGCUGGCCACCGAGCUGAAGAACAACAGCUACAAGCUGGCUCGCUGGACCUGCUGUGCCAUGCUGGCUGGAUCAGAGUACCUCAAACUGGGCUACGUGUCUCGGUACCACGUGAAGGACUCUGCCCGCCACGUCAUCCUGGGCACCCAGCAGUUCAAGCCCAACGAGUUUGCCAGCCAGAUCAACCUGAGCAUGGAGAACGCCUGGGGCAUCUUGCGCUGCAUCAUCGACACCUGCAUGAAGCUGGAGGAGGGCAAGUACCUCAUCCUGAAGGACCCCAACAAGCAAGUGAUCCGGGUCUACAGCCUACCUGACGGGACGUUCAGCUCGGACGAGGACGAAGACGAGGAGGAGGAAGAGGAGGACGAGGAGGACGACGGUGAGGGCGGUGCUUUCUCUCUCUGUCACUCUGUCCGUCUGCAGCUGAGGGCAAAGCUUUUGAGAACUCGCUGUCUUGUUUGAAUUGCAGUCUCGCAG